AUGACGGAAAUGGCCGAAGAGUUACGGGUGAUGGUGUACUAUAGAACUAUUAACAACAUGUACACUGUCGGAUUUAAAUUUCAUCAGAAGUUGCAAUUUUGUGCUAUAAAACAAAAUAAUGGAGUAAAAGUCAAAUGGUCUGAAAAACCGCUGUCUGUGUACUGUGACAUGGAUACUGACGAUGGAGGAUGGACAGUCUUCCAACGACGUCAAGAUGGAAGUGUGGACUUCUUUCGAGACUGGGAAGAAUAUAAGACUGGAUUUGGUGAUUUGAAUGGCGAGUUUUGGCUUGGGAACAAAUACUUAAAUCUACUGACUAAUGAUGAUAAACAACACGAGCUAAGAAUUGAUAUGGAGGACUUCAAUGGAAAUCAAGCCUAG